AUGUCUCACCUAGCUGCCAUUAUUCCGGAUGCUAAGGCUCCGCUCCGGGUACAGGAGGUUGAGACUCCCCAUCCUGGUCCUCAUGAACUUCUCAUCAAGAACGAGCUUAUUUCUCUCCAACCUAUUGAUGCCAAGUUUGCCAAACUCGCAAUAUUCCCCGUGGAAUAUCCAGCGAUUCUGGGCAUGUCGUAUGGCGGGAGGGUCGCGGCAGUCGGCAGCGAGGUUACCAAUUUUAAAGUUGGCGACAUCGUAGCCGCAGCGAAGACAGCCGGCGCCGCCGGGAAUAAGUUCGGUGCCUUCCAGAGAUACGUGAUAGCACGAGAUAUCACGACAAGCAAGAUUUCGGAAAGCGUUGAUCUCACUGUUCCUGUUACCUUGAUCGGUAACCUCAGUACUGCUGUCGGUUUGUUCAACGCAAGUGUGGGUUUGGAGAGGCCCGAUCCCAACGGCCAGGCACCCGCCAGAGGCAAAAAGGUCUUGAUUUAUGGGGGUACGUCGAGCUUUGGCAGUUUGUCAGUACAAUACGUUGCCCAGGCGGGAUACAAUGUUAUUACUACCACUUCGCCGAAGCACAAAGAUCUUGUCUCAAAGCUUGGUGCUGUUCAAGUCAUCGAUCACACGCAAGUCCAUGAAGCGCUUGUCAAAGCGCUGGUUAAAGAGGGUCCCUAUGAUCUAGUUGUCGAUUCAAUCUCGCUACCGAACACUAUUCAAACUACUGCUGCAGUUGUUGCUGCACAAGGUGGUGGAAAUUUACAUACGCUACUGCCCGCUAUUGGCCCUGAGAGCCUCCCACAAGGUGUGACUCGUCAAUUUGCUUCAUGGUCCGUAGCACUAGUGGAGGAGAAGAAUGCAGGGCUGCUCACUUGGGCAUUUAAAACCUACCUUCCGCAGGUAACUGCCAACGGCAAGGCUAUUCCGCUUCCUAGCAAGAAGGCCAGCGGUGGACUGGAGGGACUGAAUGAUGCGCUUGAUAUUCUCCUACAGGGAGUUAGCGGUCAGAAGAUAGUUAUAGAUCCCUGGGAAUAG